CGGCUCAGCCCGGCUGGAGGCAGGGAGGAGCGGACGGGAGGAGGGAGCGGCGGGAGCAGCUGAGCGUCAGGACGCAGUCUCCAAUGAGCCGCACGGAAUCUGCGCUCCUGAGGACCCUAGUCAGCUGUGCCCACUCCCCACGACUCACCUGGUGCCAGAUCUGGCCUCACUCCACAGACAAUGGCUUUGCCCCCGUGAGCUAGAGCCUGCCCCUCGGUGCCUGCCUGCCUGCCUCCCGCCAGCAGGAUGCAGCUGUGGAAGGCAGUGGCGGUGACCCUGGCCUUCAUGAGCAUGGACGUCGGCUUGACCACAGCCAUCUACGUCCUCAGCCACCGGGACCGCAGCCUGCUGGAGGAUAUCCGCCACUUCAACAUCUUUGACUCGGUGCUGGACCUCUGGGCGGCCUGCCUGUACCGCAGCUGCCUGCUGCUGGGGGCCACCAUCGGCGUAGCCAAGAACAGCGCCCUGGGGCCCCGGCGGCUGCGGGCUUCGUGGACGGUCAUCGCCCUCGUGUGCCUCUUCGGGGGCAUCUACACCAUGGUGAAGCUGCUGCUCUUCUCCGAGGUACGCAAGCCGGUCCGGGACCCGUGGUUCUGGGCCCUCUUCGUGUGGACCUACCUCUCACUCGCUGCCUCCUUCCUGCUCUGGUGGCUGCUGUCCACUGUGCUGCCCAACGCCAAGGCCCUCGAGCGGGGGGCAGGCACCGAGCCCGAGGCAGAGGGCUUCCCCAGGGAGGACCAGCCCCCGGCCGAGCAGGCGUCCGGGGCCACGCUGCAGAAGCUGCUGUCCUACACCAAGCCCGACAUAGCCUUCCUGGUGGCAGCCUCCUUCUUCCUCAUCGUGGCGGCUCUGGGAGAGACCUUCCUCCCCUACUACACUGGCCGGGCCAUCGACGGCAUCGUCAUCCAGAAGAGCAUGGAGCAGUUCAGCACGGCGGUCAUUGUCAUGUGUGCACUGGCCAUCGGCAGCUCAUUUGCCGCAGGUAUUCGGGGCGGCAUUUUUACCCUCAUAUUUGCCAGACUGAACAUUCGCCUUCGCAACCGUCUCUUCCGCUCGCUGGUGUCUCAGGAAACGAGCUUCUUUGAUGAGAAUCGCACAGGGGACCUCAUCUCCCGCCUCACCUCGGACACCACAAUGGUUAGCGACCUGGUCUCCCAGAAUAUCAACAUCUUCCUGCGGAACACGGUCAAGGUCACGGGCGUGGUGGUCUUCAUGUUCAGCCUCUCGUGGCAGCUCUCCUUGGUCACCUUCAUGGGCUUUCCCAUCAUCAUGAUGGUGUCUGACAUCUACGGCAAGUAUUACAAGAGGCUCUCUAAAGAGGUCCAGAAUGCCCUGGCCAGAGCCAGCAGCACGGCCGAGGAGACCAUCAGCGCCAUGAAGACAGUGCGCAGCUUUGCCAACGAGGAGGAGGAGGCGGAGGUGUACUCGCGGAAGCUGCAGCAGGUGUACAAGCUGAACAGGAAGGAGGCCGCAGCCUACACGUACUAUGUCUGGGGCAGCGGGCUCACGCUGCUGGUGGUCCAGGUCAGCAUUCUCUACUACGGGGGCCACCUCGUCAUCUCGGGGCAGAUGACCAGCGGCAAUCUCAUCUCCUUCAUUAUCUACGAGUUUGUGCUGGGAGAUUGUAUGGAGUCUGUGGGCUCCGUCUAUAGUGGCCUGAUGCAAGGAGUGGGAGCCGCAGAAAAGGUGUUCGAGUUCAUUGACCGGCAGCCAACCAUGGUGCAUGACGGGAACUUGGCCCCUGACCAUCUGGAGGGCCGGGUGGACUUUGAGAACGUGACUUUCACCUACCGCACUCGGCCCCACACCCAAGUCCUACAGAAUGUCUCCUUCAGCCUGUCCCCAGGAAAGGUGACUGCACUUGUGGGGCCAUCGGGCAGUGGGAAGAGCUCCUGUGUCAACAUUCUGGAGAACUUCUACCCCUUGGAGGGGGGCCGUGUGCUGCUGGAUGGGAAGCCCAUCAGCGCCUAUGACCACAAGUACUUGCACCGAGCGAUCUCCCUGGUGAGCCAGGAGCCAGUGCUGUUUGCCCGCUCCAUCACAGACAACAUCUCCUAUGGCCUGCCCACCGUGCCCUUCGAGAUGGUGGUGGAAGCUGCACAGAAGGCAAAUGCCCACGGCUUCAUCAUGGAGCUCCAGGACGGCUACAAUACAGAGACAGGGGAGAAAGGCGCCCAGUUGUCAGGUGGCCAGAAGCAGCGGGUGGCCAUGGCCCGAGCUCUGGUGCGGAACCCACCCGUUCUCAUCCUGGAUGAAGCCACCAGCGCCCUGGAUGCAGAGAGCGAGUACCUGAUCCAGCAGGCCAUCCACGGCAACCUGCAGAAGCACACAGUGCUCAUCAUCGCGCACCGGCUGAGCACAGUGGAGCGGGCGCACCUCAUCGUGGUGUUGGACAAGGGCCGAGUCGUGCAGCAGGGCACCCACCAGCAGCUGCUGGCACAGGGCGGCCUCUACGCCAAGCUGGUGCAGCGGCAGAUGCUGGGGCUCGAGCCCGCCUCAGACUACAUAGCCGGCCACCAGGAAAUGCCAGGCAAUGGCAAUCACAAGGCCUGACCAUGGCCCCACCUCUCCCAGUGGGGCAGCGGCCCCAGUGCCCGCCUGGCAGAUGGGCCCAUGGUGGGGGAGGAGGGCCUCACCACCCCCACUGCCCUCUGAGCCCAGGCCCAAGGCACUGGACGGCCACCUGCCCUGUCCCACGUGUCACUGCUUCCUGCACCUUGCCCCCAGUUCCCACCCUGUUCCCCGGGCCACCACCAGCCCCCUGCUGCCGUGAGCCACCCCCUCCAGUCUUGGCGGUGGAGAUACCACUGUUUUCUCCAUCUGGCUCCCAAGGCUGCUAAGCGAAGGUAGAGCUACCUUUUUAAACCAAGAUCUUAACCAGAUUUUUUACUGCUUGGUUUGAUGGGCCCCAGUCAUCUCCUAGAUUUCAAAAACGUUUUUCUAAUUGGGAGUAAUGACUGGCAAGUUCACCAAGACAUUCUAGAAACUUCUGAGCCGGGAGCAUAUGACCCUUCCUCAGAACCUGGGGGACAUCAGGGGAGUAUGCAGCCUCUACCCUUUGCCCCUGGAGAGAAGGGGCUCCCCAUCCCAGGCGGGGGACUUCCUGUCUCUUGCUCUUCCCAGCUUCGUGAGUCAGGCCAAGGGUGGGCGGGAGUGGAAGGCUCCUGCCUGCCCAGAUCUAAGCCAGUCUCACUGUGAACCACUACCAACCUUAACUGGGGGAGUGAGGGGCUGGCCAGGCCUGGCAAAGCCUCGGGGUGUCCCCAGCCCAGCACCCAGCUUGAGCCCCUCCCCCUGCCUUGCCUCUCCCUCCCCCCACCCCGGCUGGCGGCCCCUUCCCAACAAUGACAGUCACCUCGACGCCCUUCGGAUGUUUGGGAGACGCAUUCUCUUCCCUGUCUGAUGGACAGGAUGCUGGCAAAGCCUAGGUCUGGCUUUGUGGGGGGAGGGGGGUGUUGCAAGAUGUUGGGAGAACCGGUCAAUAAAGUAUACUACCUCUGA